GAAUCUCUCUCUCUCUACACACACUCUCUCUCUCUCUCUCCUGAUUUGAUGCGCCUGUUCCUCAAUCCAACCCCGAUCAAAUUCAUUCGAUCUCUAUUCUCUUCUCCCCAUCACAAAUCCCCACUCCUCAGACCCAUCCGCGCCGAAUCAUCGCCAUCGGCGGCGAUCACAAUGUCGACGAUCACGAAGUCGACGUCCCUCGGAGCGGUCGCGGAGGAAGGCAUCGCGAGGCGGUUCUGGAUCAAGUUCAGGAAAGAGUCCACCCUCGCUCUCUACACUCCCUUCGUCGUCUGCUUGGCCUCGGGGGACCUCCGCCUCGACACCUUCCGCCAGUACGUCGCCCAGGACGUUCACUUUCUCAAGACCUUCGCCCAAGCGUAUGAGUUGGCGGAGGAGUGUGCAGAUGACGAUGAUGCAAAGGCUGCAAUCAGUCAGUUGAGGAAGGCUGUCCUAGAGGAGCUAAAAAUGCAUGAUUCUUUUGUCCAAGAAUGGGGUUCUGACAUGGUCAAAGAUUGCAGACUCAAUUCAGCUACAGUUAAGUACACCGAUUUCUUGUUAGCAACAGCUUCAGGGAAGGUUGAAGGAGUAAAAGGUCCAGGGAAACUUGCGACUCCUUUUGAAAAAACAAAACUUGCAGCUUAUACUUUAGGUGCCAUGACACCUUGCAUGAAGCUUUAUGCCUUUAUAGGGAGUGAGCUCCAGGCACUUCUUGAUUCCAACGAGAGUAGUAGACACCUCUACCAGAAAUGGGUCGAUAAUUAUGCGUGUGAAAGUUUUCAGGCAUCAGCACUGCAAACAGAGGACUUGUUGGACAAAUUAAGUGUUUCUUUGACCGGAGAGGAGCUGGACAUCAUUGAGAAGCUUUAUCAUCAAGCCAUGAAACUGGAAAUUGAAUUCUUCUGUGCUCAGCCACUUAAUCAACAAACAGUCGUUCCUCUGUUGACGGAACACAAGCCUGCAGAUAAUCUUUGUUUGAUAUUUUCUGAUUUUGAUUUGACGUGCACCGUUGUUGAUUCAUCUGCCAUAUUGGCGGAGAUUGCAAUAGUAACGGCACCAAAAUCUGAUCAGAUUCAAGCUGAAAAUCAGAUUGUUCGGAUGCCAUCAGCUGACUUGAGAAACACAUGGGGAGUUCUUUCUAGGCAGUAUACAGAAGAGCAUGAGCAAUGCAUUGAGAGAAUUUUGCUCCCUGACAAAGCUGAGAGAUUCAACUAUGAAGGUCUGCAUAAAGCACUUGAGCAACUUUCAGUUUUUGAAAAGGGGGCAAAUUCUAGAGUGAUUGAAUCUGGAGUACUUAAGGGUCUAAAUCUUGAAGACAUAAAACGGGCAGGGGAACGUUUAAUUCUCCAAGACGGUUGUACAGAUUUCUUCCAAAGCAUCAUAAAGAAUGCAAAUUUGAAUUCAAAUAUCCAUGUACUUUCCUAUUGUUGGUGUAGUGAUCUCAUUAGAUCAGCUUUUUCAUCAGGGGGUUUGAAUGUUCUGAAUGUACAUGCAAAUGAAUUUGUCUAUGACAAUUCUGUAUCUACUGGUGAAAUUGUUAAAAAGGUUGAAUCGCCCAUUGACAAGGUUCAGGCUUUUCGAGAUAUUCUUACGAAUCACAGAAGUGAAAAAAAGGACUUCACUGUUUAUAUUGGGGACUCAGUGGGUGACUUACUUUGUCUACUUGAAGCAGAUGUUGGAAUUGUGCUUGGAUCGAGUUCAAGUUUGAGGAGAGUGGGGAGUCAUUUUGGUGUUUCUUUUAUUCCAUUGUUCCCUGGCUUGGUUAAGAAGCAGAAAGAAUGUGUUGAAGGAAGCUCUUCUAGUUGGAAGGGGCUAUCUGGCAUUCUUUACACAGUCUCUAGCUGGGCUGAAAUACAUGCUUUCAUUUUGGGUUCGUAGAAACACUUUUUGUGCCCACGCACUCAUCGUAUGUAUGAUAGAACACACAUAUACAGGUUGGUGGCUAGUUUUAUUACGGGCCAUGGAUCAGUUGCUUUCCUCCAUUUAUGUAAUUCUACAGGGUCUUCUAUGCAGAGACGUAAACAGGCUUCUUUUGGCUGGUUGUGCUAAGCGGGGUAUUGAACGUUUUAUGCGGCAAUCAUAUCCCGAAAUGGAGGGCUAUCGACACUGUCCUACUAUAUGUCAAAAUUAAGUGGUACUCUUGUGCUUUCACAGGUUAUUGCUGUUCGGAAUUUUGUAGAAUGGCAAUUUAGAGGAAACAUGCUAUAUGUGGAUGUUGUGGCACUGGUUCUUAUGGAGAUAAGUUCUUGCAGGCCAUUUCUUGAUCUUUCAACUCUCCAUAAGUGAAUUAGUAGUAUGGCCUAAUCUUUGAUGUCAUACUGCUUUUAUAAUCCGAUAUCAGUCAUUUUUUUUGAUGAUUA